CGGCUGCGACGACCGAUCCCUGCUCCCUUCCAACCUUUUCGCGUUCUCUUUCUUGAAAUAAAAAGCGAAGCAGUAGAGGAGAAGAGAUGGUUGCGGUCGCCCAGUCUUCCCCUCCACGUCCUCUGCUCCGCCUCCUGCCUCAUGCCCCCUCCCUCAUGUCUCCUCUCCCCCUCCCCCGCCUCCGCCCACCAUCGGUCUGGACGGCAGAAAUCCAACGGUGGAUAAUAGUCUCCACACGACUCGACAGUAUGUACAGACUAACACCGUAUAUACGCGUCACUCUAUAAAUAUGGGCUCGCCGAGCGUGCGAUCCCUCUCUCGCACGCUAUAUCUUCUUUUCUGCAGACGCGUCCUCGCCGCCUCCGCCCCUCCUGUCUUCUGCUGCCUUUUUCGUCCGUCUGCUUCCAAUUGGAAAGGAGAUAAGAUUCCUUCUUGUUGAUUUAAGGUGUUUGAGCCUGUUUUCCCGAAGCCUUUGCAUAAGAUGCACUUCCUUGCAUCAUCUCACCAUUAUGCAGGUGUCAAGUUGGACUUUUAUAAUAUUAAAUGGACAGCAAGAAGUUUUUGCAGUUGGUUGAAGAGAAGAAAAAGAGAAUGCUGGAGAAGAGAGAAGCCCCCCUAAAAUGGGAACAGAAGCUAGAAUCUGCAGCCAAGGCAAAAGCUGAUGUGGAAACAAAGGAGAGGAAGCUGAAGGCCAUAAAGCACAAGAGGAAGAUGGAUUCAGCAUCUGAUUAUGACAGUGAUUCUGAUGACAGUGACAUUGACAGGAAGCACAGGAAGAAGAAGGCUCACAAAAAACACCGGAAACAUGGUCAUUCCGACUCCUCAGAAGACAUCGGGAGGUGUAGACACAGAUCAAAGAAAAGGAACACAAGCUCAAGUGAUGAGAGCAGCAGUGAUGGAUACUAUAGCGGGUCUGAGGAAGAUCAUCGGAGGAAGAGACGCUCCAAGAAGAGGAGGCAUGGACAUCAUUCUUCAAGAACAGAGUCCAGCAGCUCAGGAUCAAGUAGUGAAGAUGAAGUCAGAGGAGUACGAAAGGGCCACUCUAGGCACCAUAAGCGCCACCACAGAUCAAAUGAUGAGGACUCAGCAUCAGACUCUGAACAGAGGAAGACUCACUUGAAGCGGAAUCACCAUCAUAUAUCAAGUACUGAUGAUUCUGUGUCAGAUUCUGAUGAUCACAGGCAUAAUAGAAGGAGCCACUCUGUGGGGAAGUCAUCAGAUGAUGACUGGGAGGAGGUUGGGAAGCAAAGAGAUACCAAGAAGCCUCAUCACAAGCACGAGCACCACCACCACCCUCGCCAUCACAAUCAUCGCCAUCAUGAUCAUCAUCGUAAUUUGGUGGAUUCAAAUGGUAAACAGGGAGAGCAUGAAAGAAAGCAAUCUCCUGAUGAAGGUGAUAACAGUUGAAAUUGAUUUUAGUACCGACCGUCCAUCAUUCUUUUUGCUUGGAAAUGAUUAGAUGCAUGACGUGAAGGCUUGGAGUACCUACUAGUUCAAGGUGGGCAGGGAUGACGAGACUUGAUUUAGAAUGUUGGUGAUUUGGGCGUGUUCGCAGAACACAAGUGCAUGAGUAAACUUGUUUGAUUGUUUUUGGUGUCUGUUUUAGUUGGUGCUGCAUGUCCGGAACUUUUAUUGUUGCUUCUAACGAAACUUGGAUAGCCUUGGAUGACUCCAUUCAAAUUAUGUUGUCUCAAAUGUUUAAUUUGGUUAUUCUAGGCUGAUACGGUUAGAACUAAUCGACAGUUGCAGCUGUAUUUAAGCGGAACUUCUCAUUUUUAAAGUUGCGUAAGUUGCGUAUGUAAUCUUCUCUUAUUGGCUUAUAUUGAACUUUAGUGGUAGUUAACUUGA